ACUAGGAGCAACUCCUCACAGAUAAAACAGUUGAGCAUUGUUCAGUCACAGUUCUCUCAGUCUUCAAAAUCUUCAAAACGUCACGGUUGAGCAUUUCUCUUCCUCACAUCAGUCACCAUUUCUCUUGCAGCCGAGCUUCACACAAUUCAUCUUACAAGUCCCAGUUGCAGAGAAAGCAAGUCAAAUAAACUAUGAUAUCAACACUCCAACCUCCACGCUCACUCUCCCACUUCCGCUCUAACCCCACCCUCCUCCUCCGCUACACGUCCCUUAAACCCCUCUCUUCCUUAUCCUCACAGCCAGUCACCCACUCCACCAUCCCAGACCAAUCCCAAUCUCCAAACCCACCAUCACACUCCCAAAUCCUCUCCACCCGCCACUCCCUUCUCUCCCGCCACCUCACCGCCACCCAACUCGCCGAGUCCUUUCUCACUCGCCUCCGACUCACAGAGCCGCAUCUGCGCUCCUUUCUCCACGUGUCAGACUCGGUCCUGGCCCAAGCCCGUGAGCUUGACGAGAAGAUUCAGAGGAAUGAGGAGUUGGGUCCCUUGGCUGGGGUACUUGUGGCCAUCAAGGACAAUAUCUGUACGGCUGAAAUGCCCUCCACGGCUGGGUCUCGUGUUCUGGAAGGCUAUACGCCGCCGUAUGAUGCCACUGCCGUCAGGAAGAUUAAGGAGCUAGGUGGGAUUGUGGUGGGUAAGACCAAUUUGGAUGAGUUUGGCAUGGGCAGCACCACUGAAGCCUCUGCCUAUCAGGUGACUGCAAACCCAUGGGACAUUUCUCGGGUGCCCGGAGGGUCAUCGGGAGGCUCGGCUGCAGCUGUGUCUGCCAGACAGUGUAUGGUGUCACUGGGAAGUGAUACUGGUGGAAGUGUGAGGCAGCCAGCAUCGUUUUGUGGUGUUGUUGGGUUGAAGCCCACGUAUGGGCGUGUCUCAAGAUUUGGACUUAUGGCAUAUGCAUCAUCGCUUGAUGUCAUUGGCUGCUUUGGUACGUCUGUUGCUGAUGCUGGGAUUCUUCUGCAUGCAAUUUCCGGCCAUGAUAGACUUGAUGCCACCAGUAGCAAGCGUGAGGUUCCCGACUUUUCAGCUCAGUUUGUUUCCAUGAAUUUGCUAGAAUCUAAACCUCUAAAAGGAUUGAGGAUUGGUCUGAUCCGUGAAACUCUCGAUGAUGGUGUUGAUACUGGAGUAACUUCGGCAGUCCGUACUGCUGCUUUGCACCUUGAAGAAUUAGGAUGCUGCGUAACAGAGGUCUCAUUACCAUCUUUCUCACUUGGGUUGCCAGCCUAUUACAUUCUUGCUUCAUCCGAGUCAUCUUCGAACUUAUCACGUUAUGAUGGUGUCAGGUAUGGAAACCAAGUUGCUGCUGAUGAGCUGAACUCACAAUACAUGGAUUCCCGGGCCAAGGGAUUUGGUUCUGAGGUACACUAUGUCAAAAGGAGAAUUCUAACAGGAACAUAUGCCCUUUCAGCUGGUUAUUAUGAUGCAUAUUAUAAGCGCGCCCAGCAGGUGAGGACUGUAAUUCAGAAAAGCUUCAAGACGGCACUGGAUGAACAUGACAUCCUAAUUUCACCUGCUGCUCCAUCUGCUGCUUAUAAAAUUGGUGAAAAGAAAAAUGAUCCGUUAGCAAUGUAUGCAGGUGACAUAAUGACUGUCAAUGUUAACUUGGCAGGUCUACCUGCAUUGGUUUUGCCAUGUGGAUUUGUUGAAGGGGGGCCUGCAGGCCUUCCUGUUGGUCUUCAAAUGAUUGGUGCAGCAUUUGACGAGGGCAAAUUGCUCAAAGUGGCUCAUAUUUUUGAGCAGACACUGCAGAAUUGCAGAUUUGUUCCUCCAUUGAUAGCAGAUGAGGUUGCAUGAUAGCUAGAUACCAGAAUUGAUGGUUGAUGUGCUCAACUGAAAAUGGCGUUUGACACAUGUAAUCCAUUUUUUAAAAUUGCUCAGCCUGACUUGUAACAAGUUCAAAUUUUUCCAAUGUUCUCAAAUUGAUCAAUCAACCAUUGAAUUAACUUUAUCAAUCACCAAUUAUUCUGUCACAGCUUUGUGCCCUAGCCCAAACAGUAUUCUGUAUGAGCAGGUUUCUUUAUAGAGAACAUCAACAUCACUUGAGAAUGA